CGCCGUUGUCUGCGCCGCGCGCUGGACCAGUUUGGCGAAGUUGCCGGGGCCCCGCGCCGCCCAGAUGUGCGACCUCAUCGAGCCGCAGCCGAGCGAGAAGAUCGGCAGGAUGAAGAAGUUGCGGAGAACUUUGUCAGAGAGUUUCAGCCGCAUCGCUCUGAAGAAAGACGACACCACCUUUGAUGAGAUAUGUGUCACCAAGAUGUCUACACGGAACUGCCAGGGGAUGGAUUCAGUGAUCAAGCACCUGGACACAAUCCCUGAGGAUAAAAAAGUCAGAGUUCAGAGGACACAGAGCACUUUUGACCCAUUUGAGAAACCAGCCAAUCAAGUAAAAAGGGUGCAUUCUGAGAACAAUGCUUGCAUUAACUUUAAGUCCUCCUCUGCUGGCAAAGAGUCACCUAAAGUUCGAAGGCACUCCAGCCCCAGCUCGCCGACAAGUCCCAAGUUUGGAAAAGCUGACUCAUAUGAAAAACUGGAAAAGCUAGGGGAAGGAUCUUAUGCAACAGUAUACAAAGGGAAAAGCAAGGUAAAUGGGAAGCUGGUGGCUCUAAAGGUGAUCAGGCUGCAGGAAGAAGAGGGGACACCUUUCACGGCCAUCAGGGAAGCUUCUCUAUUGAAAGGAUUAAAGCACGCAAACAUUGUGCUGCUCCAUGACAUCAUCCACACCAAGGAGACACUGACGCUUGUCUUUGAAUAUGUGCACACUGAUUUAUGUCAGUACAUGGACAAGCACCCUGGAGGACUCCAUCCAGACAAUGUGAAGUUGUUUUUAUUUCAGUUGCUGCGAGGGCUGUCUUACAUCCACCAGCGGUAUAUUCUGCACAGAGACCUGAAACCACAGAACCUCCUCAUCAGUGACACGGGGGAGUUAAAGCUGGCAGAUUUCGGUCUUGCAAGAGCAAAAUCCGUCCCUAGUCACACGUACUCCAAUGAAGUGGUUACCUUGUGGUACAGACCUCCGGAUGUUCUCCUGGGCUCUACAGAGUAUUCCACCUGCCUUGACAUGUGGGGAGUUGGCUGCAUCUUUGUUGAGAUGAUCCAAGGAGUUGCUGCAUUUCCAGGAAUGAAAGACAUUCAGGAUCAACUUGAACGAAUAUUUCUGGUUCUUGGAACACCAAAUGAGGACACAUGGCCUGGAGUUCAUUCUUUACCACAUUUUAAGCCAGAACGCUUUACCGUGUACAGCUCUAGAAGCCUCAGACAAGCAUGGAAUAAGCUCAGCUAUGUAAACCAUGCCGAAGAUCUGGCUUCCAAGCUUCUACAGUGUUCCCCAAAGAACAGGCUAUCUGCACAGGCUGCCUUGAGCCACGAGUAUUUCAGCGAUCUCCCCCCGCGGCUAUGGGAGCUGACUGAUAUGUCUUCUAUUUUUACCGUCCCAAAUGUGAGAUUGCAACCUGAAGCUGGAGAGAGUAUGAGGGCCUUUGGAAAAAACAAUAGUUAUGGCAAAAGUCUAUCGAACACCAAGCACUGACUGGCCUGGCAUUCUCGGGAGAGCACAGGUGUCCUCCAGGAACUCAAGAGGGGUGAGCUCUGAAGAAGGACCACUUGGCCAAGUCUGGUAGUGUAAAAUUGAACCCGUUAGCAGCAGCCUGAGGCCAGGAAUUCAAAGCAAGACUGAAGAUUUACUCCUUCCAGACAUGAGAGAGCUCUGAUGAGAUAAACAUGAGUGUUUGAAAGCUAGGUUGCUGUUGCUGAGCUGUGGGUCAGUACUGACAAGAAAAAGCAUAAGGUCAGACCAGAAGACAGAGAGAAGUGCCAGGUAUGUGCCAGCUGCCUGUCUCCCGGACGACCAGCCAGGGCACCCUACCCUGUAACUGUAAUGGUCUUUCUGUUAGUGUAGAAACACAUGUGUAGAACCUGGAAACAUGUAAUUGCUACUGU